AUGUACUUCUCUGGCGAAGAGAGUAGGGAUAUCAAAUAUGAUGACCUCGAGAAUCAAUGUGUCAGAAUAAUCCCAGAAUUAUACUUUAGUGUACAAAAUGAAAAUGAACAAAACAUAAGGGUUUCUUUGGAUACUCACUUGCUAAGAUUCAAAGUAAGAACGAGCAAAAGCCCUCUUCGGAGAAAUUAG